GGCCACUUCUCCACGACAGCCUCUCGGCAUCCCGAUUUUCACCCAUCACGGGGGUGUCAACAAGAAGGAUACGGAUCAGGCGGCACAUUGUGCAUAGCAACGUCCAAACCAAGCCUCCUGCAGCUCCAGCGGGAAGCAACCGUGUACCGCAACCCCAAGAUCUGACGUAUCAAUGCGAACGGUCGUCAGAAACCGACAGGGCAGGGGCCAGGAUCAUGGAACUUCCGUUGGUUCACCAUAUGGAGUGCUCCCUAUUGCCGAGCAGAGCAUUUGGCCCUGCGGUACACAACGGGGAUCAAUGCAAUGCUGGCUCUGCAAAGGUGAUUUGGCGGGCCAGGCCGUCAGGCCCUUUGACGGCCCUUUGUUCUGGAACAGCGGGGACUAUGCGGGAGCCGCGCCGCGCUCUGCCACAAGCUGCCCCCCUCGGAGCGGCCUAUCUGCCUGUCUGCGCCGGCAUCUCCUGUCCCAGCUUCUACUCAGAUGCCACGCUGCCUGUGUAAGUGGACGUUUCUGGGUUCUCACCGAUCCUGGCCUGUCACUUCACCCCUUGCCGGUCAUUAUCCAGAGGGGCGGGCGGCAUACUACAAGUAGGCUGUUUCGACGCGGCCUUCUUUGGGCACGACACACAGCAGGGCAACUUUGUCUAUAACUUCCUUUCCCUUUCUUCUCCCUUUCUCCCCAGACGGCAAGCUGGAAGCAGAGCUCUGGUAGUUCUCUAGUAAUUACCUUGCCCCUUGCGCUUGUCCGUCCCAUCUCGUUCUCUCACCACCUUCUUGAAUCGCGCCGGCGUCGUUUCUUGCCUUCUUUUUAACCCUGCCCUUCUUUACUUUACUUGGGAAGCAACUCUUUUGCUCCAUGCUUCAACCGUUCAAUAUCUCCCCUGCAUCCUGUCCAAGCCACCAAGCGAUCCUUCGACCGUCAUUUUGAGAGCAUCGCGUGCAUCGGCAUUGUUUUAAAGACCUGGAGUCGACAUCUUACAGCAUCUAAUAUUCGCAAGACGAAGUUGCUUUUUGCAAGAGAUACCCGUCACAUCUUCCAUCUGUCCAGCACCAGGCGUCUUUGUCACGAGUCCUCCAGCCACGGGCCAGUGUCUCUGCACCUCGGAUCACAUCACACUGCCACCAUACCGAUCAAUCAGAGCGAGCAAGACCCCCCUCGAUCACGGCUCCUUGCAGGCGGUAUCAAGUUCGCCUUCUUUGUCAGAGUCCACAAGAUCUACGAAGACCGUCUCGGCCGUGGCACCAGACACUGACAGCAACAAACCUGUGACGUUGCAUGGUCAGUAUCCAGGCCCACCAACCCAGCACUCACACAGAACGAGGCCGAUCAACCGGGCCAGCUGGACUUCUUUCUCUCUUCCUCCGUUGACAAAGGCCGCCAAGAUUUGGCUUUAUCGCUGAGUCGCAAGCUCGGGGACAUCUGAGUCUGGCUUGCGUGCAUCCUCCAAGUUCGCCUGUGUCGUGCUGCAGAGAAGUAUCCUGCAGCCCCGGAUCUUGCACACACGCCCGCGCCUGCAGACGUCCAACCACCACCUCCCACCUCCAGAGCAGGCUCGACGAUUCCCGGCUGCCGGCAGAUCUCUGGGGUCCUCCUUUCGUCACCAUGUCGGACCAACUCCUAUCCCCGACCUCGAUCCACCCAGCCCUCAGUAAUCCCGCCGCUCUUCCGCCAUUGCAAAAGUCCGACGAGUCCAAGCCCAAUAAUGGCCAUAAUACCCUACACGACCGCCCCCGGACCUCAUCAUCAAAUCCCUCCGGUCCUACCCUGACCACUUCCAUACCAUAUCCUCCCAACCUGCAACAACUCUCCCUUGACGAAGCAAAACAUAACCUUCGAUAUGUCGACCACAACCAACCCAUCUCGUUAGCAGCCGCUCUCGCAGGUGGAGACUCCGAAGACUCCGACCCCGGUCCCUACGCCAGAGGCCACCGGAAGGGCUCGCGCUCCAUCGAGUCUAUCCCCCGACAGACCCUUUUCAAGGCUCUUGCCUCGUCGGUCUCUCGCAGCAACAAGCCUGAGGCCCUAUCCUUGCCCGGUAUGCUGUCGGCCUCGCAGCCUAGCGGGCCUGAUGCCCGGCGCGGCACUUCUUCCUCCCAACUGUGCGAUGCACUCAACGACCUUGCUCAGCGCACCCAUACGCCCACCACGGCGUUCCCUGCAUUGCAGUCGCCAUGCUUCUAUCACCAACGCUUCGACGGCAUUGUCGACAUAGACAGGGUUCUGGAGGAGAUCAAGAACGAUGAGUGGAUGUCGCACUCACGCCUGGUUCAGACCGCCACCGGAGUCCGUGAGGUGUCCAAGCAGCUGCAGAGGAGGCCCAUCAAGCGGGCGGUACGCAACGUCAUGAUUGUGACCAAGGCGAGGGACAACCAGCUGGUCGUCUUGACUCGCGAGUUGGCGCAGUGGCUACUCAGCACGCCGCGCUAUGGGUCGGAUCUCGGCGUUAACGUCUAUGUGGAUGCAAAGCUCCGCAACUCGAAGCGAUUCAAUGCGCAGGGGCUGGUCAACGAGAACCCACGUUUCCAUCACAUGCUCAAGUACUGGACACCGGACCUCUGCUGGAGCCAACCUGAGAAAUUCGACCUGGUUCUGACGCUGGGAGGCGAUGGCACGGUGCUCUUCACCUCAUGGCUCUUCCAGAGAAUAGUGCCUCCCGUGCUCUCCUUCAGCCUGGGGAGCUUGGGCUUCCUGACACCGUUUGGCUAUGAUCAUUUCAAGGAACACCUGAGUCGCGUUAUGGGAGAUGACGGCAUGAAAAUCAACCUGCGGAUGCGAUUUACGUGCACGGUGUACCGGGACGGCCAGCAAGGUCGUGACCUUGAGGAAGGAGAGCAGUUUGAGGUCCUCAACGAGCUCGUGAUUGACCGCGGCCCGUCGCCCUAUGUGUCCAACUUGGAACUCUACGGGGACAAUGAGCUUUUGACCGUUGUCCAGGCGGAUGGUUGCAUCUUUUCCACGCCGACUGGAUCGACCGCGUAUUCUCUCUCCGCAGGUGGCUCCCUCGUCCACCCAGACCUACCUGCCAUCCUCCUGACACCUAUCUGUCCGCACACACUUUCUUUCCGGCCCAUGGUCCUAUCCGAUACGAUGCUCUUGCGAGUGACUGUCCCUCGCAACUCGCGAGCAACGGCCUACUGUGCCUUCGACGGCAAGGGACGCGUGGAACUCAGGCAAGGCGACUGUGUCACCAUCACGGCCUCGCAGUACCCUUUCCCCACCGUCAACCGCACCGACACCGAAUGGUUCGACUCCGUCUCCCGGACGCUGCGCUGGAACACCCGAGCGGCGACGCAGAAGGGCUUCGACACAGGCAGCGCCAACGGCAGCGAAGCUUGUGACGAGGGUGAAGGCGAUUGGGACAUCGACACCGACUCUGCUUGCUAUGCCUCCGAGGAGGGGAGUGCAGCAGCGAGCCCAUUGAGGAGACAAAUGAGCCUUCUCGGAUUGUAGGAACCACCCGCCAAAACCGAAGACUGUUUCGACUGCUCGGGCGACAUGCAGGACCGGUCACACAGCACAUGGACCGGAGUCACUGGGAACACUCGCCCACCUCGUCGAGGAAGUGACAUAUACAUUUUAGAAAUUUAUAGAUAGAGCUAAGAGCGUGGCAUUUCGUUUGGACAUAGCAUGUUUGCAAUGCCGCAGCGAGCGGGCAUUUCUCAACCUCGUCCUAGGUGUGCGGGGAUUUCUUUAGGCGUUGAGUACAGUGAUCUCUCAAAGCACAGUGUCACAUUCUCGGAAGAAUCUGACAAAAAUAUAGCCAUGCUCUUUUGGCAUGUCAAUACAAAUAGAAAGGGAGUCGAAUCUCUUGACCACCCCCAAACUA